AUGGGCAGUAAUAAUACCUCUAUUAUUGAAAAGAAGGUCAUUCCAUAUACCCUAAUAAGUAUAUUCGAAAUAAUUUUAGGAUACUUACCUAAGAUUGCUAAGCGCCUUCGUAGCCGUCCUAAGAAAAAUACUGCGGUUGCUAUACUAAUAGAAUACGCUGUCCUCCCUGCUCUUAAAAAGGCUAAAAAGACUAAGAAGAUAAAGAAGGACGAACCUCCCGCCCACAAGAAGGCUACUGCAAUACGUUCGCCUACCCCGGAGCCAGCUAGAGAUACUAUUCAAGAUAGUUUAGAAUUGAUGUACAUUGAUUUGUAUAGAGAUUUCUAUAGAGUGUAA